CCAGGCUCAGGGCUCCGGCCAGUCCCCAGCCCUGCUGGGAGCCCCGGCCAGCACCACGGACGGCACCCAGGAAGCCCGAGUCCCCCUGGACGGGGCCUUCUGGAUUCCAAGGCCCCCGGCAGGUUCUCCCAAGGGCUGCUUCGCCUGCGUUUCCAAGCCUCCUGCCCUGCAGGCUCCAGCGGCCCCCGCCCCUGAGCCCUCAGCCUCGCCCCCUAUGGCGCCCACUCUGUUCCCCAUGGAGUCCAAAAGCAGCAAGACCGACAGCGUGCGGGCAGCUGGUGCCCCCCAGGCCUGCAAGCACUUAGCUGAGAAGAAGACCAUGACAAACCCCACCACGGUCAUUGAGGUGUACCCAGACACCACGGAGGUGAACGACUACUAUCUGUGGUCCAUCUUCAACUUCGUCUACCUCAACUUCUGCUGCCUGGGUUUCAUCGCCUUGGCCUACUCCCUCAAAGUGCGGGACAAGAAGCUCCUGAAUGAUCUGAACGGGGCCGUGGAGGACGCCAAGACAGCCCGACUGUUCAACAUCGCCAGCUCCGCGCUGGCGGCCUCUUGCAUCAUCCUCGUCUUCAUCUUCCUGAGGUACCCCCUCACCGACUACUGAGGCUCGCAGGCCCCGCUGGCUGUGCAGACAAAGCCCUGAGACUAUUUGCAUGGUCUCUGAGAGGCAGGGUACCAUGAGGGUCAGGCAGAGUGGGCACCCACUCGGGGACCCCAGAGCUGUGAACCGGCAGCAAGCCUGUUGGAAGCUGAGUGCCCACGGGAGCAGGGAGCUCUUUCCAGCCACCCCGUCUGCCUCCUGUCCCCACCCUGCCUGUCUCUGGGGCCCUGGGCUUUUUCCACGCUGCUGCCCUAGCUUCU